GCGGCGGCGGCAGGAUGCGGGAGGGACGGUUCAGGGACCACUUUUGGAGUACGGAUCUGACAAGCACAGUGGGCUAUGACAGCAUCAUUCAACAUCUGAAUGAUGGCAGGAAGAACUGUAAAGAGUUUGAAGACUUCUUGAAGGAAAGGGCAAUUAUAGAAGAAAAAUAUGGCAAAGAGCUCAUUAACUUGUCGAAGAAGAAGCCCUGUGGGCAGACAGAGCUGAACACACUGAAGAGAUCCCUGGAUGUUUUCAAGCAACAGAUAGACAACGUGGGACAAGGUCACAUCCAGCUGGCGCAGACCCUUCGAGAGGAAGCAAAGAAAAUGGAGGAUUUCAGGGAAAAGCAGAAACUGCAUCGGAGGAAGAUAGAGUUGAUAAUGGAGGCGAUUCACAAAAACAGGAAUUUGCAGUACAAGAAGACCAUGGAGGCCAAGCGGCUGUACGAGCAGCGCUGCCGGGACAAGGAUGAGGCGGAGCAGGCUGUGCACCGCAGCGCGCAGCUCGUGACUCAGAAGCAGCAGGAGAAGCUGUUCCUGAAGCUGGCUCAGACAAAGUCAGCUCUGGAGGACUCUGACAGGAGUUACCAGCAGAGUGUUACUACACUAGAGAAGAUCCGGGAAGAAUGGGAAAAGGAGCACAUCAAAGCUUGUGAGUUCUUUGAGGCCCAGGAGUGCGAGCGGAUCAACUACUUCCGCAAUGCUCUCUGGCUUCAUGUCAACCAGCUCUCCCAGGACUGCGUCCAGAAUGAUGAGAAGUAUGAGGAAAUCCGCAGGAGCUUAGAAAUGUGCAGCAUCGAGAAGGACAUCGACUUUUUCAUAAAUUUACGCAAAACUGGAAGUUUGGUGCCAGCUCCUGUGGUUUAUGAAAACUACUAUAAUACACAGAGGAACCCAGCUCCUGUGAGGAGUCCCAUUGCUGUGCCUAUAUCAAGGAGGGGACCUCUACCCACUCCAACCAGUGCACCAGUGUCCUGUGUUUCAGGUGAGCCAGAUUAUGCCACAGUCGAUGGCUACAGUUUGAUACAUCACUAAGAGCCACAGUUCUCCAGGCAGAAGACACUGUUGCUGUGGCCAGUGUGGCAGAAGUGGUGUAUCCUGUAUUCCAGCCACAGACAGCUGAAGUUCUCCAUUUUAAGAAAGUAUUUGAGGACUCCAGUAAUUACUUGUACAUUCAGAAAAAAUAUCUGCUAAAAAUCUGUGUCCUUGGUCAGCAAACUCCUUGGACAGGUUUCCCAUCUUCACGCUCAGCCCUCCCGUGCCGCUGAUUGGAAUGUAAGCGAUGGACCCACACAUGGGGACCAUCUGUGUCAGAAGAAGUUCUCUGAAGUUCUUCUAAAGUGCAUCCAUCCAGGAGCCUCCCACUCUCCAGAUAGCUAAAGUCAUAUAUGCAGAUGCUUUAGGCACACUGGUCUGUGUUCAAGGCAUAUCUAUCCUGCUCAGAACUGAAGUUAGUCUUCUGCCUGUUUCUAAAGUCUUCCAUUGAUGGUGAUUAAACUUGUAAUUUAGGUUUAGUUUCAGUCAUGUCUCUCAUAGGGCUUACUUAGAGGAGUACCAAUGGUGACACCACGCAUCUGGCUUAGCUGUAGGUGUGCUUCAGGGUUAAGUGUGAGUCCUGGAAGCUGGUUUCUAUCUCACCUGGUGCAGCAGUCCACAGUGCAGUUACCAAGGGAGAGGCUGUGCCACCACAAACAUGCUGGGAAGCCCCACACCUUGCUGAGGAUCUGGAGGAAGUCAGUCAGCUCCUCCAAGCGACUCUCUCGUGAGGGGCUUCCAGUAUUUUAGGUUUGUGGUGUAGCUUCUCCCUGGUAGGCUCUGGAGAACCUCAUUUGAUUAACUUCUGGGGAUCCCUAAACUUCAGACUUGUUCUGACUAUGGAACACUGGAAACAGACUUUGCUACUAAUGUUGGGCUGGAGCCAUGAAACUUGUUUUCUGACCAGGUCUCAUCAAAGUUUGUGCCCUUUUUCUUUUUUUUUUUAACCUUAUAAAUGAUUAUGGCUUUGAUUCAGGAGCACACAUGCCUUGAGGCUGCUGGUCUCUCUGAGGUCCCUGUGUGCAGUGUUGCUUAACAGCUCCAAAGUGCCUUACAGCACAGGACACAGGGAGACAAGACAUGGGGAUCAGCACACAAUUUAGCUCUCAAAACCUGGUGCCAGGUGACUAACUUAGGAGCAACAGGAGUUGGUAGCUGCACAACGUUCUUCAAGUUGAAUCUGCAUGACUUUGGCAUGUGCCUAAGCCGACUGUUCGCUGGGGAUUUUAUUGUGUGUCCUGUAUGGGGAAGAUGACAGUGAGCUUUAAUACCUGUCCUGCUGCUUUAUAGUGAACUAUACAAAAUGCACGUGUUAAGGAAUCAUUGUCCUAUUUUAUUUUUGAAAGACCAAAUGGAUAAGCAUUCUUCUGAAGGAGCC